AUGGCGUCCGCAAAGUCCCUCGUUUGGUUUUCGAUAACUUCUCUUCUCUUGAGCACAAACAGUGCGCAUGCCCAAGGCCUCGUGACAGUCAGCGUCGACAGUCAGGGCAAGCUAUGUCCGGCGGCCGCCACUGUUUCUAUCUUCCCUGUUCACUACGAAACUUUCGUCAAUGCACCUAGUGCGACGAUCUAUCUCAACGGCGGCAACGUUGUCAUCAACAAUGGACCGACCUUUUUUGUUACAGACUUCACAACAACUGUAACAGUUACGAAUACUGUCACUUCCACCGCCACCAGUGGCGGCAACACGCUCAACCCAGAAAUUCAGUCCACGACUGGCUUCUCCCUCCCUUCGUCAUCCGCCACUCCCGAGUCUGCAGUCACCGGUUCCGGCACAGAAGCCUCGACAGAUGAAUCCAACGGUCAGGCCACGAGUACACCGAGCAGCUCAACCGUACGGACCUUCCCAGUCGUAUCGCCUCCAAGUACGACGUCCAGCACACGACCACCUAUAGAGCCUGGCGUGCCUGAGCCGCGCCUUGCCCUCGGAGAAGGUCUCGACGAUGGCCUGGUGAGCGAGAUCGACCCAUCGAACGCAGUCAUUGUAGGCUUCGCGUAUAACGGGCCAGCACUCAAGGGAAAGCGCGAAGUGGGAACAGACGCAGCUGCUAUUGGCUAUGCUGGCUCCCCUAAGGGCGAAACAGCCGACAGAUGUGCUUACGCUAAGCGAUACUAUAUCAAUGAUGGGCAGAUGAUUGAGCGGGACUCGGAAACCCGAAUCGGCAGGAACAUCACAGACACCUGGGUCCCAUUCGAGUCGACCUUUGACUCAAAUAACGCCGGUUCCACAUUCUUCUUCGUGGAUGGCAUCCUGACCUGGGACGUCGCUGGACAAGGUGGUGCGGAAUUCUAUCAGUGUCCUGAUAAUCGAAUAUAUGCAGGUUGGAUCGGAUCUCAGAAAGAGAACUGCUUCGAAGUAAUCUUGGGUGGCAUCAUUAGUUCUGCAUGCCCUCGCGACUACUCCGAUGACUCUGUCGAAAGCAGCAGUCCUGCAACAGCGGCCCCAACACAAGAGUCGUCAUCAACAGCUACAACAAGCCAACCAGUGCCUCCAUCCGACCCGACUGCAAGCUUCUCUCCUCUGGCUGCUGAACCAAGCAGUGAUCUGAGUAGCUCGCAGCAGGACGAGCUCACGGUCAUCUCUACAGGCAAGGCUUCUGUACAAACGGCGGCCCCCUCAUCCAGUGGUAAUCGACCCACGGGUCCUGCUUCGCAAAGCUUCACAGUCCCAGACUCGAGAACCUCGAGUCCUAUACAGAGUCCACUAGCCACUUCUGUACCAAUUGUACGGUCCUCGAGCACUGGAUCUCAGUCCAUCAACAACAUCAUAACGCAAAGCUACCCGAACUCAGGGACCACUACAUUGGCAGCGGUAUCGGGCUCCUCAACACGUCUCGCAACCACAAGUCCUUUGUCCAGUCCCAUUAGUUCCUCAACGGUACUGGCGUCGUUAUCAUCGCGAGCGGUAUCCUCGGUUUCCGCCUUUGUAUCAUCUGAGCUUUCGAAUAUAUCGCCGUCAAGAACAGAUCAGAGCAGCACUGAAUUUGGUGGUGCCGCAACGAGCGGCCGUACGACUGGAGUUGAGACUUCUCGCAGUGGCAGCACGGCUAGCGAUGGAUCACUCGUGUCUUCGACUGCUAUACCAAGUAAGUCUAUGAUAAUGUAUAGCUUCCAACUCCACGUCAUCUGGACGCAGCACGUCGUCUUCCAUGACACAGCCUUCGAAUGCUUCGAGCAUGAACAGGUCGUCGGCUUCACCGACCAGCCAAUUCACUGCCACAAGUGCUGUGCAGAGCUCGGCGUCCUCUCCUUCGGGCUCCUCGAAGACGUCGCAGACUACAAGCUCCGCUUCAACUCCGUCAUCAACGCAGCCAUUAACAGCUUCCUCCCCACCAACCACGAGCUCUCGCAUUACUUUGACUUACGCCGCCAGCUCUUCAGACCAAGACGAUACGUCGACCUUCACUCCAAGCGAAGCAUCGUCUAUGACCGAGACUACGUCGACCUCGGACAGUCCAUCGUCCUCGCCCACGCCGACCGACGAGGGUAUAAAGAUGGGGAUCUACAAACUGUGACAGAUGACGGCGAAGUACAAUUUGUGACAUUUGCUCCUCCCACGGAAGAUGGCGGCUCAGGCUUCCAGCUUCAGCUCGUCGAUGAUCCUCCGUCUGCCACAGCGCCUGAUGACCCCACCGAUCCCGAUGGUCCGGGCAAUUCGGGAAGUACUCCCACAUUAUCGUUCGCCAUCAACCUAGAUGGUGAAUUGGACAUUACAGGAAUCAAGCAGUUUGCUGCAACCGAAGAUGGGACGCUAUACGUUGUACCCGAAGGCACAGACGAGGAUGGCAACGAGUAUCAAGCUCCAGAAGAGGCACAAGCAGUCGAGGUCGCGGCUGAGGCUCCGCCACCACCAGAUCCAGUGACCACGACGGAGGCAUUGUCAGAAACUACGGGUUUCACUACAUCUACAGAAGUGCCGACUGAUACUCCAGCGGACGUCACCUCAACUACGUCGGACGAUAUCGCGGAGACCUCUUCGUCCGCUGGCACAACAGAUUCACCGGCUGAGGCGACUUCUACGGAGAGCUUGCCCGCAGAGGACGCUUCAACUUCGAGUACUGAUAGCACAACAACUUCCGAGGCACAAGAAUCGUUAACCGAUCUGGCUGACAGCACCACUACAGCCACAGUUGAGGACGAGGCCACUUCGAUGGCGACAAGCGAAACUAUCGACAGUACAAGCGACUCCUUUGCGCCUGUUACAACGUCAACAGCAAGCCCCGAAAGCGUUUCUACAGACACGCUGGUUGACACUACACCCGGUACGUCUCCUCUCAUUGAUGUUCCCUCACCCACCCCUAUAGAGGAAGCCACCCCCGUGGUCACGACGAACGAAGGCCCGACCGCGGAUGUUACCACAGAUGAUGGCACGAGCCCGGUCAUCACUAUAGAUGAAGGCACGAGCACGAGCUCUUCAGAAGAUUCUCAAACGAUUGUCCCAGAGUCGACAUUGAGCGGCAGCGGCUUGUCGUCGGCGGACGGAGGUUCUGCUGUAGCAAGCGCUCCGAGUAGCUCGAAUGACGCCUCAGAAGCCACGUCAACAGAUGCCAUUGAUAGCCCGAGCGGCAGCGAGUCCGAGACGGCAUGGGUGUCCACCACUGCCACAGCUUCUGCCUUCACUACAUCGGAAGGAGCAGAGUAUUCCAGCACCUCAGCUCAAGCCAUUGCUGCGGAGUCCAUCACGAGCGAUCUCUUCAGCUCGACCGAGCUGUUGAGCGAGGUCUCUCCUUCUCCAAGCGUCUCGCAAUCGUCCCUUGACGAGGGUACGAGCUCGGUCGUCACAGAAAGCUCUACGGGUGCGGAGAUAUCAGCUACGGCAGACAUUUCGAGCUUCACUACCACUGAGACACCGUCUGCUGAUGCGGUUCCAAGCGUGACCGUUUCUGGAAGCUCGAGUUCUCCGGAACCUUCGACCGCGCCAGACUCGGCCAGCUCAACUGCGACCGGAGCCUUCGAUGUCGACGCAUCUGCUUCCGAAAGCCCCAGCACUGUACAGACUUCACCAAGCAGCUAUUUUGAGGAACCGAUCACAUCCACUUCGGAAUCCUUGCAGUUCCUAGAAUCAGCUACUCCCAGCAGUGAUGAGGUAACGAGUACCACAUCGACGAGCGAAAACUUGGGUACUUUGGAAGGAUCUAGCACAACUGAAGCUGUAGCUAUCAGCUCUUCGGAUUUGUCGACCACAAGUCCUGGAGAAUCUUCCAGCAUGGAGCAGAGUACAGCUUCUGGAGACUACGCCACAUCAGCACCCAGUGACUUUUCAAUCGCUACAUCAUCCGAAUCGCUUUCUACGAGUACCUCGCCGUUCUCCAGCCCUGUUGUCAGCCAAGGUCCGGACACAACUUCGCCAUCUACAUCGACCACGUAUGCAAUCGAUAGCUCGAGCACAAGCGCUGACGAUUCCGCAGUAGUAACGACGAUCUAUACUUCUGCUACAGAUACGACUCCUGAUCCAGAACAAUUUCAGCCUACCUCGUCGUCAGCGAGCUCUUCAACAGCGCCUCUGAGUGAUGAUUUGACCUAUAAUUCGGAGAGCACCUCGUUUUCUUCUUCGGCUGAUGCGGAAACUCUUUAUUCAUCAGCUAGUGGCGCGGAUAAGACAACUCCGUCCACAAGUGACGCUGAAGCCACAAGCUUGACAACGAUAAGUUCUGACUUGCUGUCAUCGAGCGAUAUCGUCACCACUGUCUCAUCUGCGAGCGACGUUGCCAUAUCAUCGACUAGCGAUGCUGGCGGCUUCGAGGUCUCAACAAGCACCGUCACAUCUUCGAUAGACGAACAAGAGACGACAACCACGUCCGCAGCUGAGACUGAUUCGAUCACCUCGACUAGUGACGCCAGCACCGCGUUCUUGACAACUGAGGGUGUGACGACGAGCGUUCUCCCCACUGAUUCUUCAACUGUCGAAUCAGUGAGCGUGGACGAGACAACGACCUUCUCGCGGACGCAAGAUGACACAGCUACUUCCACCGCCAGUGAAGGUGUCACUUUAACAACGUUUUCAAGCGAGACCGAGACAACGAGAACAUCAUCGACGGACGUGAGUGUCAGUUCCACGUCGCUGGCAGGUGAUGAGGGUGCCACAAGUACAUCAUCUAGCGAAGUCGACCCUGUGACUUCGCUUGCGACUUCUAGUGCCUCAACUACAUCAGCCGCCACACAAGAUGACGCCACAACGUCCUCAGCUGGUGAGAGUGACACAACAUCGUCGUCAGCAAGCGACGAGUCAACCUCUUCGUUGCCCACGAGUGAGACAAUCACUUCCUCGGCCGAGAGCGGUGACAUGAGCAUAUCAGCUUCGUUUGCAAGUUCUUUGACGUCGCUUUUCAGCACAACACCUGAAGUGACGACGUCCGACGAGUCCACAGCGUCAGAGUCUACCACGGAAGCGGAAUUGUCAACCCAGGCUACUGCCACAACCACAGAAGAAGUGUCGACGGAAUCGAGCAUGACAGCGAUGAGUACAGCUCUGCCUACUGCCUCCGCAGGUGAGACAAGUGCUACCUCGGAAGCAAGCACUGAAAGCUCUACUACUCCGAGCGAGGAGGCAAUCUCUACAUCGGAAACAAGCACCGAGAGUCCGACGACCUCAAGCGACGCGACAAGCUCUGCAACGAGUACAGCUGAUUAUGCUUCCUCCAUGGGCGAGACCAGCUCUACCUCAGACACAAGCACCGAAGACGUCACGACCUCGAGUGAUUCCUCGACCUCUGCGACGAGUACAGCUGAGGCUACUCCCUCCGCAGACGAGACAAGUUUUACGUCGGAAGCAACCACUGAAAGUCCAACAACUGCGAGUGACUCGACGACAUCUGCAACCAGUACAGCUGAUUAUGCUACUUCUGCAGAAGGGACCAGCUCAACCUCAGAAGCAAGCACCGAAAACCUGGUGUCCACAAGCGAUGCUAUGACCUCUGCAACGAGCACAGCUGACUAUAGUUUCUCAACAGACGAGACCAGCUCUACCACAGAGGCAAGCACCAUCGAUGCAAGUACCGCGGAUACGAGCACCACGGACACAAGCUCUAUAGACGCAAGCACCACUGAUGCUAGCACCACCGACGCAAGCACCACAGAUGCUAGCACUGUGGACGCUAGCACCACAGAUGCCAGCACCACGGACGCAAGCUCUAUAGACGUAAGCACCACAGGUGCUAGCACUACAGACGCGAGCACCACAGAGGCGAGCACCACCGAGUUGAGCACCACCGAGUUGAGCACUAGCGAGCUGAGCACCACGGAGGCGAGCACCACGGAGGACAGCACCACGGAGGCAAGCACCACGGAUAGAAGUACCGUGGAAGCAAGUACCGAAAGCCAGACGACCACGAGCAAUUCCUCGCCCUCUGCAACUUCGACUGAGGGCAAUGUGUCUGCCUCGACAACUGAGCUUGCCGCCUCUACUACGGAGCCCAGCCUCAGCACUUCUGAAAGUACGUCAGACGCAGCACAGAGCUCGACAGAGACGUCUGAAGCGCUUACCACCGAGACGACGGCAUCGCAGGAGUCCACAUCGCGCUUCGAGAUCUCGUCUAUGACGACUUCUGCAACACAAAACCCAUCAUCAAGUACUAACGAUAUGACCACAGAUCUGACCACAAGCACGCCGACAUCUCAGGACUCGACAACGAGCACUGAGACGACGACACUGCAAAAUUCGGCACCGAGCUCCUACAGAGUGACGACGUCAGCAGAUGCCACCACGGAGAGCGACUACACCCGAGACUACAGCAGAGAUUACGACAGCGACUACACCCGAGACUACAGCAGGGACUACGAUAGCGACUACACCCGAGACUACAGCAGGGACUACGAUAGCGACUACACCCGAGACUACAAUAGAGACUACGCUGGCGACUACACCUGA